GGCGCCAUGGCCUGGGGUGGGGUGCUGGGAGGAGGCCAGGUUCCUAGGAGGAUCGCACUGUCCAGAAAUGUCCUCUGCCCUGCCCCUCCCUGGCUCAGACCAAAAUACUGGCCGCUCCCUGGCUGCUGCCCGGAGUGACUUGUGCCCGCUCUGGAAGCCACCGCCCGGGGCAGCCAGCCGCCCGCAGGGGCCAGACCUCUGAUCUGUGCCGCCUUCUAGUGGGACCUCCCGGGAACUGUCCACCUGCCUCCGGAGCAGCAUUCCUGCCAGCCAGCCCCAGGAUGGGCGAGUUCAACGAGAAGAAGGCCACGUGCGGCACCGUCUGCCUCAAGUACCUGCUCUUCACCUUCAACUGCUGCUUCUGGCUGGCCGGUCUGGCCGUCAUGGCCGUGGGCGUGUGGACGCUGGCCCUGAAGAGUGACUACAUCAGCCUGCUGGCCUCCAACACCUACCUGGCCACAGCCUACAUCCUGGUGGUGGCCGGCGUUGUCGUCAUGGUGACCGGUCUCCUGGGCUGCUGUGCCACCUUCAAGGAGCGGCGGAACCUGCUGCGCCCGUACUUCAUCCUGCUGCUCAUCAUCUUCCUGCUGGAGAUCGUGGCCGGCAUCCUGGCCUACGUCUACUACCAGCAGCUGAACGCGGAGCUCAAGGAGAACCUGAAGGACACCAUGACCAAGCGGUACCACCAGCCAGGCCACGAGGGCGUGACCAGCGCCGUGGACAAGCUGCAGCAGGAGUUUCACUGCUGCGGCAGCAACAACUCGCGGGACUGGCGGGACAGCGAGUGGAUCCGCUCCGGGGAGGCGGGCGGCCGCCUGGUCCCCGACAGCUGCUGCAAGACGGUGGUGCCGCACUGCGGCCAGCGGGAGCACGCCUCCAACAUCUACAAGGUGGAGGGCGGCUGCAUCACCAAGCUGGAGACCUUCAUCCAGGAGCACCUGCGCAUCAUCGGCGCCGUGGGCAUCGGCAUCGCCUGCGUGCAGGUGUUCGGCAUGAUCUUCACCUGCUGCCUGUACAAGAGCCUGAAGCUGGAGCACUACUGACCCGGCUGGCCGGCCGGCCCGCUGGGCCCCUGCACCUUCCCCAGACUACUGAGCGCUACUACUGAGGCCGGGAGCCGGGGCCCCACCAACGUGCCAUCCCGUGGCCUCUGGGGAACCCCAUCCCCAGAGCUUCCAGUGCCUUCUGCUGCAUACCCGUCCUGAGGGACCCCUCCUGCAGUUGGGGGGUCCAGCAUUUCUGCUUAUGUGGGGGCCUGGGUUGUCGUAAAGCCCCCCCCCCCCCACUUCCCUUGGAGGGGAGGUUAUGGCACCUCAGGGGUCUCCCUGGGGCCUGUGCUUAGUUGGAGGGGCUGGUUUGGCCCACCCUAGGGUGCUCCCUGACCCUUGCACACACUCCACGUGGUGGCGGGCAGGCCCGGGAGGGGUGAUGCCGGGGCAGGUGCAGGGGAGAGGCUGUGUGCGUCCACCAGUCCCAGUGCUCCCCCAGGGCCCUGCGCCCCUGCUGACUGCCCCAUCCCAGCCGCCACUGCUGAGCCUGCUGUGUCAUUGCUGCUCUCCCAUCACGUUCACUGUCCCCCUCCCCCGGCAGGGGCGGGGCUGUACUCACUACUGUACUCCAGACCUCCCGCACAGCAGUGCUCAAUAAACGUUUGUGGAUA